AGUUGAGACUGAAUGGUGCAACAAGACCAAAAGAAUGUUUCAACACUAUCUCAAUGAGUUUGACUUCAAUUAGCCCAUAUGAAAUUUUUUCUAAUGGAAGAAUUAUGACUAAGAAGGGAAAUAUUUGUGCUCAUCUGCAACAUUUGUAGCAUGACAAGCUAGAAAGCGCUUAAAGCACCAAAUGUAUGAAAUGAGUAGGUCACAAGCAUGCAAAAACACUCAUGACCACAAAGCAUAAAUUCAUACACUAUUUUCUUACAACUUCAUUAUCCUAAUUGAAAACUUGUUAAUGAAAAUGCACACUCUCAAGUUCACUUGGGCUUUUGCAUCACUUCUAAUUAUUUUUACAUUGUUCCCAAUAGCAACAUGUCAUUUUCCACAAUGUUCAUUUGAGGGGAUAAACUUGGAAAAAUGCAUGGAUCAAGGCAAAAGUACUCCAACAUCUUUUAAUUCUUGUUGCAAUGCACUCAAUCAAGUGAUUCAAGCAGGAUAUUAUUGCUUGUGUGCAAUAUUAGGCUCUUCUAGUCCUCUUAUAAAAGCCUCACUAGUGCUGCCUUUGUCUAAUUGCUUCAUCGCAAUACCUCCAUUGACACAAUGCCAAGCAUUUGAAGCAAUGGUUCCUCCUGUACAAGAAAUGAAGCCACCACCAAGUAGACCAAUACCAGUUUUUUUGCCUCCAAAAGAGCCACCACCAUCACCACUACCAUCUGUUCCAAAGGACUUGGUGCUGCCAUUGCCACCAAACAUGGAUGAUACUCCAGUUCUAAAUUCUAGUAGACAUCAUCAUAAUGUUACAAUUCAGUCACCAGAAUUGAAAAUUCCUUGUAAGGAAGGAUAUUUGACAUCAUUUGGUGGAGAUAGCAGGAAAAUUAUGUUGUAUGCAAGGGUCAUUGUGCUCAUAGUGUCAACACUUCAUGUAAUGCUUAACUCUUAA